AUGUUCCACUUUAUUGUUUUGACUAAUACCGGGGAGUUUGUUUACAUUAGUCGCAACCCAAACCUUAAUUUCUACCCAUCUCCAAACGCAGCCAUUCCUACUCAAACACCUUCCAUAAUGUGUCUGUUACGUCCAAAUACCAAUAAGAAACUGCUUCCUGACGAAGUUAUAUUCCAAUUGUUUUCUUAUUUGGAAAUUCCCGAAUUGCUUGUGUGUCAACGGGUUUGUAGGAAAUGGCUGAAUUUUUGUUCUGUAUACCUAUGGCACAAAGUUGCUUUUGCUUCUGAAGACAGUUUCAAAGAAUUUUAUAGAUACUAUAUUAAAACAGGUCGUCUUCGAUUGUACGAAAAAUGGAUUCGAAAAUUGAAUUUGUCGCAUGCUAGCGCAUACGUGUUCAACGCAACAAUACUUCCUUUCUCUCGGCUUACAAACUUGGUGCGGCUCAAUUUGUCCAAUUGCGCAAAAGUACCCGAGCUGAAGCUGAUUGUGAUGCUUCACAACAAUCCCGGACUUAUUGCACUCGAACUAAGUAGUAUCCCAAGCAUCACAAACAUGACGCUGUUUACGGUUUGCACGCAUUGUCCUUCGAUUAAGGGUUUGAAUGUUUCCAAUUGUCCGAGAAUCGAUGACACCGGAGUUGUUCAUCUUCUCCAGCAUUGUCGGGGUCUUCGACGUUUGCGCAUUGCGGACUGUCACUUAUUGACGAAUGCAACCCUCGAGGCUAUCGCUACUUUUGGGGAUUUAAUUGAGCUUGACAUUAGUGGCUGCUUUAACAUUGAAUCGGCGGACCUUUUAUAUAGACUUUUUGAGACUAACAAACAGUUGCGCGACGUUAAUUUUUCACGCUGCAGCAAUGUAAUGUCUUCCUUUCGUUUGAGACACCUUAAUACUGCUUUUCCAAGCGUUCGAUAUCUAAAUUUAAGCGAGUCCUCUGAUGUUGAUGAUGAAAUUCUGAACGGUAUUACAAGAUCGUUUCCCAAUUUACAGUCGCUUUACUUGGCAAAAUGCUCUCGUGUUACCAACAUUGGUGUUGACUACAUCACUCGUCUUGCUCCUUCUCUCACUUUUCUGCAUCUGGCACAUUGCUUCGACAUUACGGAUGACGGUGUCGCGGAGCUUACCGAGAAAUGUCAAAAGUUGGUAUACGUUGACUUUGGCGGGUGCGUUCAAAUUACGGACAAUGCUGUCAAUGCAAUUAGUCGGCUUCCUAAACUACAGCGCGGCAUCCAACGUUUAAUUCUCACCCGGAAAAACUUGACACAUCUUAGUGUUACUGGAAUAACUUCCGUAUUAAAUUCUGAUUUAACGCAUUUUUCGCGUCCUGUUCCUCGCGGCAUGAGUCCAUCCCAGGCUAAGAUUUUUUGUGCUCUACUAAAAGAAAACAUCGAUGCUUAUCGGGAGUACCUGGAAAACUGUUUCAAACAGCAACCCCCCUUGAAUGGGCUUAAUGGCUACAUCACCGAGAAGGAACGUCUUGGAAUGUUUCGUGAAACCGCAUGA